UAAUUUUAAACACGCCGCUGAUAAGGGGAAAUUAUUCCGAUAAUUUGCAAAUCUUGCGCGUGUACAUAAAAAGGACGAGCGUGCGGAUCGCGUGCAUGUUUCCUCCCGAAGCGACCCACGACUGUUAUUAAUUGUUAUAAUUUGUGCGCCAGUCAUACACGUAAUACACGUCUGAGAGCUGGCGAGCUGCAGGACGCGGGACUACCCUCGAUGGCACAGGUGAUAGAACAUGGAAGAUAAACUGAUUAACAGCGAUGAUGUGCUGCGGCAGAAUAGUGCCAAGACGUUAAACUCGUCGAAAACGGAGAAUUGCAGGUUUUCCGAGGAUUUAUCGUCGUGGAUGUCGUGUAUGCCGGAAGAAUUGCGACGUCUUCCUAUUAUACACCUUGCUAUACCAGGUUCACAUGACAGUGGAACAUGGCCAAUCAACGAGCAUUCCGACUGGGCGCCAGAUUUGGACAGUAUUUUAAAGAAAUUAAAGUGGUUGGGUAUUAUUGUUAAGUGGGUGACCAGUAGAUGGUCAAAAGCACAGGACUUUAAUGUUUUGCAACAACUUGAAGCUGGUGUGCGCUAUUUUGAUCUGCGGAUCGCCACACGUGUGUCCAAAGACAACGUGCGUGAUUUUUACAUUGUGCACGGUUUGUACGGCCCUCCAUUGAAAGAAGUCCUGGCGCAAAUUCAACAGUUCCUAUUUGCUCAUCCAAAAGAGGUUGUGAUAAUUGACUGUCAGCAUUUCUAUUCGGUGACGACAAACGAUCACGACACCCUGGCGACCAUCUUUUACGACAGUCUGAAGGAUAAAAUCGUACAAACGACUUCCAGCUACAUGAACAAUUUGACCAUGAAUUAUAUGAACGAUAACCAAUAUCAAGUGAUUAUGGUGUAUCGCAACAGCCAAGCCUUAAAGUACAACUUUUUCCCGUCCAGCGCCUAUCCGACUCCAUGGCCGGACACCACCAACCCGGAUAUUCUAUGUGAGAUUCUCACUGAGAACCUGAGGACGCGAAAUAAUAAUGUGGGAUAUGUGAGCCAGUUUAUCUUAACGCCAGUGGCGAAAACAAUACUUACAAAUUUGUUUACUGGUAAUUUAAAGAAGUUCAGCGGGUUACAGCUGCUCUCCAAGAAGCUCCACUGGGUAAAAGAACAAACCCCGGGCGCACGGGGUGUUAACGUCAUCAUCGCCGACUUUGUCGACAUCCAGGAUCAAAACUUCUGUCGUACGGUCAUUGAUUUGAAUCAAAAACUCCUCGCAGAGGGUGACACCGAGCUGGAAACUCCACGUGGACUUCCACCUGUAACAAACUAACCCUAUUCUAUUCAUAUUUGACAUACAUACAUAUAUAUUAUUUAUAUUGUACACUAUAUAGAUAUCUAUACAAUUGUAAUAAAACAUAUUCGUUUGUA